AUGGAUACUAUCAAGGCGAACACCGACAUUAUCGAGGAUGCUACCUCCGACCAUGGAGAUGUACCAGUGAAGAAUACGGGGCCCAUUAUGCGGUCUCGUGAGGAUGAUCUUGGCAUUUGGCAAUGCGUGAAAAGAUUCAAGACUGUGUCGUGGAUUGCCAUGGCUGCGGCGUUCAGUGCCUCGCUGGACGGUUAUCAAAUUAACCUCAAUGCCGGUAUUGUAUCUAACAAAGGUUUCAUUCGACAAAUGGCUUCCCCAGGCACAACCAUCAUCCAAGGGAAGUAUAUCUCAGCUUGGGGAGGUAUUCAAUCAACUGGUCAGACCCUCGGUCAAAUUCUUCUUCAAUACGCAACCGAAAGGUUUGGUCGCAAGGUCGCCUUCUACAUCAUCUGGGUCGACAUUGUCAUCAGCGUCUUUGUUGAAACUUUUGCUACGAGAUGGGACCACUGGCUUGUUGCUAAGCUUUUCUCUGGCAUGGGCGUUGGUAUGCUUCAAUCCACCAUGCCUUUAUAUCUCUCUGAAAUUGCCCCAACCCAACUCCGAGGUUUCUACAUCAACGCAUACAGUUUCUGGUUUGUUUUGGGUCAGAUAUUUGCCUCCGUGGCUCUUCAGGAACUCAGCGCACACGAUCCAUAUGACUUCCGGGUUCCCAUCUACACACAGUGGGCUAUGGUUGCUAUGAUUGCUGUUAUCUUCGCCAUCAUCCCUGAGUCACCUUGGUGGCUUGUGAGCAAGGGCAAGAUCGACAAGGCGGCCAAGAUUCUGAAAUGGUGCAAUGGCAAAGUUGACGGAUAUAGCGUCGACGAGCAAAUCGAAAUUAUGACUGCCACUGUCAAUGAGGAACGUAUCCUCGCAGAGCGCAACGCGGAAGAGGGCUCGUGGGCAGUCUUCCAGGGCCGCAACCGCAUUCGAUUCUUGAUUGCAGCUUGGCCAAAGAUUGCUCAGCAGCUGGUCGGCCUCGCGGUUUUCAACACCUAUGCUACCUAUUUCUUCCAAUAUGCCGGUAGCAAAGAUCCAUUCAUGGUUACUGUCAUUUUAUCCUGCGUGCAGCUGUUUUCUAUGAUUUUGACAGCUGUGACAACUGACAAGCUCGGUCGUCGUCCCUUGACUGUCUAUCCCUACGCAGUGACAACAGUCUCUUUGUUAUGCCUUGGAAUCAUCGGCUGCUUCGAUUAUACGAAGCCAGCAACAAGCUCCCUUCUUAUCUUUUUUGCUUGCCUGGCAACUCUAUCAACAACUGGUGCCUCGGCCAUCGGCUAUGCCUACGCGGCUGAGGUUCCUCAACAACGUCUGCGUGCAAAGACAGCCGGCUGGGCACUGGCUUCUUCCAACGCACUCGCUACUAUGUUCAGCUUCUGCACUCCGCUCAUGAUUAACAACAAGCCCGUAUCGAGUUGGGGUGUCAAAACUGGUUUCUUCUUCGCAGGAACCGGUAGUAUUGCGGUGAUCGUUGCUUGGCUCAUCCUUCCCGAGGUGGCACGCCGUACACCAGCCGAGAUUGAUGAAAUGUUCGAGAAAAAAGUCGGUCUUCGCAAGUUUAAGGGUUAUGUUACCGAGGUUCAGAUGCGUUCGACCGAGCAGCGCGAAGAACAUGAGAUGGAUGUUAAGGCUUAA